GUCAGGACCUGUCGGGUUCAUCAAAACCUCGUGAACCCGGUUCAUGAACCAAGAAUUGAGCGGACCUAGUUCCGCACAGCCAUGAAUGUAGUGGACCACGGCAUAAAUUGGCAUUUCGACUGGCGGGCGCUUGACGAACCAACAAAUCAACGAGAUCAUCGCAUAUAACGAAAGACGCGCGGCGCAGGGUAUCGCUGGCUGACAAAUAUAGUUGCUGCCGUUUGGAACUUGGACCGAGUCCGAGUAUGAUAAUAAGCAAGUGACCUCAAAUCUAUGGCACGAACGUCUUACACUCCAUCGAGAAGCAUAGUCUAUCAGCUUCGACAGGACAGGCUGCAAGUGCUUCUGAGCCCGAGAAUGACAUGGAGGCUGUACUCGGGGACUGGAUGCGACAAAAAAUUGUAACCCUUUGCUGGGGCCUUUUCGAGAAGAUGCAUUGGCACUCUGAGGAGUUACCUGGAAUACUCUAACUCUGUGUUGUAUCAUCCUCGUCUGGACCUCGCCAGUAAUCUACCUAACUACCUACCAGGCUGCACUGCAAUGCCAACCCGAUUCCAAGUCGGAGCAUGACGUCGUGGAUUUGAUGAGAGUUGAU